AUGACGUUGAGAGGCUAUGAAAGAGAGAAAAAACGCGAAAAUCUAGCCCGGACGCGACAUGGAUCCCUUCGGAGACAUUUCGCCAAACUGCCGCGUUCAAACUCUUCGCCUUCGCCGCCGUCUGCAAGAAAUGCAUCUGGGCGUGCAGAUUCGUCUAGAAGGCAAUUCUUGAGUUCUAGGCCUACAAAACGUCACCUAGGACCAUUUGGGACCACGGUGACAACUGUUCAACCAGAUCAUACUAAUAUGGAAUUGAGUUCAACCUAUCAUGCAGGGUCUUCGAGCGAUCAGUCGAGUAGUGAAACAGUCGAUGAAGAUUCGGAUGAUGACCCUCAUGAUGUUCGAGGACGCCGUCCUUCUCAAAAAGGCCUGCAAAGGGACGUUCGGGACGCCAUCAGGAGAAAGCGGCGCCAAACGUCUCCUUCCCAACAGGCGUCUGGCCCCGUGCCUCUUGACUACACUAACGAUGGCAAGCAAAUUGGUUCCUUACCACGAAGAAUGUCAUUCACUCGUUCGCGCUCACCUCACCCACGGACCUUCGACAAUGCAACUAAUUCUCGCCGUACAGCGUCUCCUCGUACUGAAACUCGUGAAAUUAGACGCAGUGGCUCACAGUUGAGCCCUACAAUCAAACCGCGCUUUAGUUUCAUCUGGAUGAGUGUCCCAAAGAAUUACAGGGAGUCUCCGAAUGAUGGCGUCCUCACAGGGCUCCUACUCCCACCCAUGAUUGCGUUAGCCCUAUUAUACUCAGCCUUGCGGCAAGUUCACUCUCCUUCGUCUGAUCCCAAUCUCCCUCCACCUCAUUGGUUGAUAGAAGCUCCCAGUGUACUCCAUAACCCUCGAUCACCUGAUUCCGCUAUCGAUGCCCUCAUACAAUCUCGUCGUGGCCUAGUGGAUUAUUCCACAAUGUGUUCAUUUAUAUUAUUAGCCCAAGUAUGUUCGUCGUGGGUCAUUGAGACGCGCUAUCGCGGACGUCCUAGCGUCCCUGAGGGAGAGCGCGGCUCUGUUCCUCGUAGUGAAAUUCGUAGAACAUGGCUUUACGUGCUCUUCACUUUCGGCAUGACCAUGCUCGCCAUUACCGUUCGAUAUCUUUUUGCGUUGGCGGAGAUCCCUAUAUGGCGAAAUAUCAGCUAUUUCGACAUUGCCAUCGGCUCAUUGUUCUACCAACUUUGUUUAUACAGUGCCCUUCGCCUAGCGCAUGGCGGGUUUACGCUAGGUGAAUUGGCCCUUGUCUGCUUUGGUGGGCUAUCCUUGGCCACGGAACUGCUGGGAUUGACUAGAGCGAGGAUAUGGCCGAAGACAGCGCCAUUUAUCGAGACCUACCGCCUGCCAACACCCCUGUUGAUUUUCCAGAUUGCUCUGAUCGCAGGUUCUUUCAUUACUGGCUUCCUACUCUCUCCUCUUCUCGCCUUAUCACGGCAUAUUGCGCAACGACCGGUGAGGCGUCUUCGACUCCCACAGGAGAAGCAACGGCAUCGACGAGCUCUUGCCGCGGGUUUUUACAUAGGAACCAUUAUCAUUGUAGUUGGCCUUAUUGGUUCGUGGACGUGGUGGAACCUCGGAUGUAGAAAUCCGUGGCUUUGGACUAUCCUUUGGCUCCUUGAGGGGCGUAAGAAGUGGAGUCGACCUAUGCUUCUUGCCUACUGGGGCCUUCUCGGAAGCAUCAGCGUUGCCGGAUGGAACCGACAGCUAUCGAGGUCAAGGCGGUACAGGCAUAGAAACACGAGUGGGGGUACACAAGAUAAUGUGAUCGUUCCAUUUACUGCGAACUCGAAUCAGAAACUACAAACGGAGAUAUCUUCAUCGGCUCCCACCACUACACUCGGGCUUACAUUCCCCAACUUGGCUAAUCUCCCUAAUCUGUCCAAUGGCUCACAAGUCGCCACAGAAUUGUUGGAUGCCGCGGAUAAGCACGUUCCUACACUUGGUAUUAACGCGAGGCGCAAGUUCUUCCACGCGUUAGCAGUUGUUAUGUUCCUGCCUGGAGUGGCUGUUGACCCCGCAUUCACGCACUUGUCCUUCAGUGCGGCAUUUGCGCUCUUUAUCUUUGCAGAGUAUGUCAGAUACUUCGCCAUUUAUCCUUUUGGUGCGGCUGUGCACCUGUUCAUGAACGAGUUCCUCGAGCAAAAGGACAGCGGAACUGCCAUCCUCAGUCACUUUUAUCUGCUUACUGGUUGUGCGGGCCCGUUGUGGCUCGAAGAGCCAUCGCAGUUGCUACAAUAUACCGGUAUCCUCGCUUUGGGUAUUGGCGAUGCUCUGGCAUCUAUUAUUGGGAAACGCGUUGGUCGGCACCGUUGGUCUUCAACAUCCUCUAAGACCCUAGAAGGUAGCGCUGCAUUUGUGCUGUCCCUCGUGGGUUGCGCGUGGCUUUUGAGACUUUGCGGGCUUACGGAAGAAUUUUCAACAUUACGCUAUUCUAUUGUGGUCGCUCUCUCAUGUGUACUUGAGGCCCUGUCAGACCAGAACGACAACUUGACUCUACCGUUGUAUAUGUGGAGUUUACUUGAGACCGACUUCAACGAUCCUCUCUACCCUACCAUCACCAGCGACGACGGCACUGGACAUUCUUCCUCGACAAUAACAGAUACAGCUCUAGAUCUACUUCCAUCAUCUCUACCUCUCGCAACGCCCUUUCCUUUGCCAUCACCAUUUCAAAUGCCCAUUCCACGUUUGCCCAAGGUGAAGCAGCGAAAUCCUCGACUACCGCGACCAGCAACUGCCUCUAUGGCAGAGGGCACUCAAUCAUACCUACCCCCUGCGCCCCAGGUGCCGGUUACUGCACUACUAUCACAGAUUUCUUUAAAGGAUGUAGAUAAUACUCGAGACACCGAUGCUUUAUCCAUGAAGUCAUUCGAAGUACACCCUGCAGACAUGGGUGUGUGCCUCCCCGUUCUAACCAGCUCUUGCGAAACCCUCGCGACGGCGGCGAGCGUUCCUGGUGAUACCCGACCCGACAUCGACGGGGCUGAGCACGACUGGGCUACCUUCAUGACUGCUUAUGCAUCGGGUCAAUGGCAUCCUCAUCAAACGCCUCGUCAUCCGCGUUCAAUGAUGUCCACUCCUAUCAUGCGGGAGGGCUCUUCGCGAGACAAUUUCGCGUUGAGACAUGAUCCUACGUCGAUUAUUGUCGAAUCACCGCAGCACUCGCAUCUUGUAUCACCUGCCUACCACACUUUUAUUCCUUCCUCAUUUUCCAAUGGCAGUAGCAAUGAGACAGAGUUCAAGCCCGCUCCCGAGAAAGCGGUGAUGAUCUCUGAUUUUCCUUCAUUCAUAUAUCCUGACAAAUUAUCGUCAAAGAUUACAUCAAAGUCGUCUUCACUUAGUGGCCAUCUGCGACACACAACAGGAGGGCAGACGAUGCAUCUCCAUUUAGAUGGGACACAAACUUUUAGCAUUAGUCCGGAGGCAACUGCUGCGGCUGCAACCAUGCGAUGGGCAGCAGCACGCGUUAAUUUGUCUCCUCUUGCGUUGCCCUCUCCUGAACAUGAGUUAACAGAUCCAAUGCGAGGUGUACAUGCAGCAAUACCAGGAUCACAUCCAACUGCCAGUAGCCCCCCUGCCCAUCCGACAACGCCCGGAAUGUCUCGAAUCCGCGCAGGCAGCUUCUGGGAGGGCACACAAGAUGUCGAAGAUGAAUUAACAGUGCUCGCCCUACCCGGAUCGUUACCCAGAACUCCCCUACGCAACAUAGCUGAGGGAGAGCUACAUGUGUCUCUCCCCCCGCCAGCCUCUGUUCCACUGCAGCGUAAUUAUUCACCUGAGCCGACAGAAGAAGGCGAUUACUUCACCGCAGUCAGUACAUCCGCUUCAGAGCAAUUUCCCAUAACCCCCGACCCCGCUCAACUUUGGCAGGACUACGUAAACCACAGACGUGAACCCGGGUCAAUGGAACUCAACGUUUGUACGGCACCACCCCUUCCGCGAAGGAUUUGUUUGACAAGGCAAACCUCUUCGCCCCUACCCGACAGCAACGGCAGAGAUCGUGGUUUACCGGGCGGACGAUCAGUGUGUGACUCGGUCAAUAGUUUUCGUGCCGGUCGAUCUGCGAAGGAGGAACAGAUGUUCCUCGAUCUUGGCUAUUUAGCUCCACCAAACCCUCCGGAUGAGCUCGAGCGAAGACGUGCUCUAUACAAGUUUAACCUCUGGAACACCGGUCCCGAUAUCAACUUCGAUCGCAUUGCACAUCUGGUCAAACUUGUGUUCAACACGAAAUGCGUUUACAUAUCCCUCAUCGAUGGCACAGAGCAGUGGUUCAAAUCACAAUGUAUGGUGCUCAAUUCCUGUCAUCUACGUAUAUCUCCAAUUUUUUGCAGGGGUGACGAGCCAACUGUUAUCCUGGACACGAAAUUAGAUUGGCGGUUUGCUAAGAAUCCUCUGGUCACCGGGUUCCCAAACGUUCGCUUUUAUGCUGCAGCUCCUUUGAGAACCUCCGAUGGAUUUAACAUUGGCAGUCUUUCCUUGAUUGAUGAUUCACCGCGGCAGGAUUUCGCCCCGCGUCAGCGACACACUUUGAAGGAAUUUGCGGCCGUUGUGAUGCGUGAGAUGGAAUUGUGGCGUGAUAAAAUCCAAUUGCGCAUACGAGACAAAAUCCAGACCUCCAUGGAGCAAUUUAGUCGAGAGUGCCUUGAGAUCGAUCAGAAAGAUGCAAACAUGGAUGAUGACCCUUACACUAACGCGUCCAUGGACAGAGUGUAUGAUCGUGCAGCUAGACUUGUGAAGCGCACUUUAGAUGUCGAGGAGGUGGUAGUCAUGGAUGUUUCACACUGCGAAGUACUGGAGACGCUCAGUGCCGAAGCAACGAUAUCUGUUGUCAUGCAUCGCGGGGAUCCACAAUUCCGACCAACAUCUCGCACACUGACGGCGGAUGAAUACCACAAGCUAAACGCGUUCUUUGAUCAAUACCCUGACGGAAAAAUAUCUGAAGGCAUUUUACCAGUCUGCUUCCGUCCUUUUAUCCCAACGCACAUACAGUAUGCACUCACUGUUCCUGUUUUCAAUAUCGACAAAAGGCCAUUUGCCUUGAUUUGUGCUUACAAUGCCACUGAUUCAUCACGGCGAUUUAGAACAGGUGUCAUCAUUCUCUCCGCUGUCCUCAAGAGGAGGAUGAUGCUAGCGGACCAGGCGAAGAGUUUAUUUAUAUCCAACAUAUCUCACGAGCUUCGUACGCCUUUGCAUGGGAUUCUCGCUGCAGCUGAAUUACUUUCCGAUACAUCGUUAAGCCAUAGCCAGACUUCGUUCCUGCACACCGUCCAGGCGUGCGGGACAUCACUUGUUGAAACGGUGAACCAUGUUCUCGACUUCACGAAACUUAGCGGCAAUAUGAAAUCAGGUGGUGUGGACAAUGUCAUUACAAGGAGCAUCGUUGAUCUCGAACAACUUGUUGAAGAGGCGAUCGACGGGUCGUGGAUUGGAUACUGUGCCCGUACAUCUGCUAUUCGCGAGUCCGAAAUUGGGAGUGUUUAUGCUCCAGCUAUGGAACAGCGGUCUUCGAGUGUUAUGGCUGCUCCAGCCUCUUCGAGGCACGUGGAGAUCAUUGUUGAUAUCGACCGACGUGAAGGCGGAUGGAUUUUGAAGUGCGACAAAGGUGGUAUUCGAAGGGUGUUGAUGAAUCUUUUUGGAAACAGUCUCAAGUUCACGACCGUAAGUAUGAUUAAAUGCCUCUUACGAGACGGUUACGUUCACGUAUCUUUACGUCAAGUGUCUGCGCCAAAUGAAGAGCCUAGCAUGGUGGAAUUAUGUGUCAGUGAUACGGGAAAGGGAAUCAGCCAAAAUUUUCUGAAGAAUCACUUGUUCCAUCCCUUUUCCCAAGAGAACCCUCUACAAGCUGGAACUGGUUUAGGCCUUGCGAUUGUCAACAGCAUCGUCCAGUCUCCAAGUGUGGGCGGAAAAGUUGAAGUAUCCAGCGAAGAAAGCGUUGGUACCGAUAUCAAGAUCACCUUCCAAGCAGAAACUUUGGAAGAUGGCGCGAGUGCUCUUCAAACUCCUUUUAUGUUCGAUGGCGUUGCCCCCCCCGUUACCUUCCUCGGGUUCAAGCAGAAGAGCAAAGGUGUUCAAAUGCUCAGUGAUGUGCUUCGCAAGUAUCUCCAGGAUUGGUGGGGAUUCAGAGUGCAGACUGACGGAGGUGAGUUGAGCGACAUCGUGAUCAUAAACGAAGACUCGUCGCCUGUUGUUACCGCUCUUGAGAAAAUGGACUACCGUCGGUCGUUCAUUAUCUUGUCUUCAAGUAGAGGUAGCCCGAGGGUCAUGGGGAUUUGCAGUUCAUACGAGAACUUCGGUGGUUUUUGUCGCAUCGUUCAUAAACCAGGCGGGCCUUUCCGAUUGCGCGCUGCGCUGAAACAUUUACUCCGGGCCAACCAAAGACGUCAACAACGUCCGCCAAGCUUCGCCAGCUCUAUGGCUGGGGUCUCAGAUGAUAGCAUCUCUUUGCACUCCUCCAUGCUUACAGACGACCUAUCGAGUUCAAACCGGCAUCGCCGGGCGAGCAUUGAUUGGGGCUCACACAAUCGCUCACCCGCAUUUCCCAAUUCCCCACCUGAAAUGCCUGCAUCACCGGAUGUCGAGGAAGCGUCAUCCUCUCCGGAGAACACUGAAACUGAAAGUACAUCCUCAAGCAUCUCAAAUUCAACAGUAACCAUCGGCACGGACGGGAUACUCCUGGAGUCGUCAAUCCGGACACUGGAUUUAAAUCGCCCUCGUCCGAAAGUUUUGGUGGUUGAAGACAACAAUAUCUUGCGAAACUUACUUAUCAAAUGGUUGAUGAAGAAGGGAUUUGAAUAUCGUGAGGCAGUCGACGGUCGACAAGGAGUCGAGACAUUUGAAUCUGAAGGACCAUUUGACGUCGUUCUUCUUGAUCUGUCCAUGCCCAUCCUCGAUGGGCUGGGUGCCACCGUCGAGAUUCGCCAGCUUGAAAAGGCUCGAGAAAGUCGGCAGCCAAGCGUCAUCCUAGCUUUGACUGGCAUGUCAUCCCUCGAAGACAAACGCAGGGCAUUCGAGGCUGGCAUGAGCGGAUAUCUUGUCAAGCCCGUAGCAUUCAAAACGCUCGAAGAGAUGUUCCGCAAGAUAGGGCUUUCGUGA